AUGUCGCACAGGAAAUUCGAGAGGCCGCGCCACGGCUCGCUGGGCUUCCUCCCCAGAAAGCGCUGCAAACGUCAUAGAGGCAAGGUAAAGGCCUUCCCUAAAGAUGACCCCUCCAAGCCCCCCCAUUUGACAGCAUUCAUGGGCUACAAGGCGGGAAUGACUCACGUGGUUCGUGAAGUAGACCGUCCUGGCUCUAAACUCCAUAAAAAGGAGGUGGUAGAGGCGGUCACCGUGGUUGACACACCACCUAUGGUGUGCGUCGGUGUCGUGGGAUAUGUCGAAACACCGCGAGGCCUUCGGGCACUCGUCUCUGUGUGGGCGGCACAUCUGUCUGACGAAUGUAGAAGACGCUUUUACAAGAACUGGUAUAAAAGCAAGAAGAAGGCUUUCACUAAGUAUGCAAAAAAUUUCACGGAACACAACAAGAUGGAGGCAGAGUUGAAGCGCAUCAAGAGCUACUGUUCUGUCGUCCGAGCCAUCUGCCACACCCAGCCAAGCAAAACCCCUACGGGGUCGAAGAAGGCUCACGUUAUGGAGAUUCAAGUUAAUGGGGGGACAGUUUCUGACAAGGUUGAUUUCUGCACGAAGCUGUUCGAAACGUCCGUCCCGGUGAAGGCUGUCUUUACAGAGGGAGAGAUGGUUGAUGUUAUCGGAGUGACAAAGGGUCACGGAGUAAAAGGCGUGGUGUCGCGGUGGGGUGUUACGCGGUUGCCUCGCAAGACACAUCGUGGACUGAGAAAGGUCGCUUGCAUCGGAGCGUGGCAUCCCGCACGCGUGCAGUUUCAGGUGCCCAGGCACGGCCAGAAAGGGUAUUUCCACCGCACAGAAAUGAACAAAAGAAUAUACAGAGUUGGUAAUGGUGAGGACCCGCGUAACGCCACUACGGAGGCAGACCUAACGGAGAAGCGCGUAACUCCUAUGGGCGGUUUUCCGCACUACGGCAUGGUCAAUAAUGACUUCCUUCUUAUCAAAGGCUGUCUUGUGGGUUGCAAAAAACGACCUAUUACUUUCAGGAAAACCCUAGUGCCGCGCACUUCACGUAAAGCUCUUGAACCCGUAAAUCUCAAAUUCAUCGAUACUAGUGCCAAGUGGGGUCAUGGCCGUUUCCAAACUUCUGAGGAGAAACAAAAGUUUUAUGGUCCGUUAAAAACAAAGUAA